AUGGCUGUCCAGCAACCACCCUGGUCGAUGCCCUCGCGGCAGGCCGACGAGCCCGUCCUCAAGGUGUACAACUCGCUCACGCGCACCAAGACAGAGUUCGUGGCGGGCAGCGGGCGGCACGUGAAGUGGUACAACUGCGGGCCGACGGUGUACGACGCGUCGCACAUGGGACACGCCAGAAACUAUGUCACCCAGGACGUCCUCAGGCGCAUCGUGACCGACUACUUUGGGUACGACGUCCACUUUGUCAUGAACAUCACCGACAUCGACGAUAAAAUCAUUCUUCGCGCCCGACAAACACAUCUCGUAGACAAAUUUCGCGCGGAUACCGCGCAUUUGUCUCGAGAGCUUCUGGACACGGUGCGAGUCGCGUGGAUACAAUACAUCGAGUCAAAUGUGGACAAGGGCCUUCCAGAAGAGGACAAGCCUGCACAGGGGAAGGAGUGGGAGGCAUGGCCUCGGCUCGCCAUUCAAUUCAAAGACAAGACAUGGAAGCAGGAGUGUCUGAAGAGGAACGAAAAGUUCGAAAUGCAUUUCUCUGCUGCGAACCGCGCGCACGUAGCCCUCGAGGCAGCGGAAGAACUCCUGAGAUCGGGUCGAACCUCGCAAGAACACGCUCACGCACUCAUUAACGAUGCGAAGGACAUUCUGGCCAUCUCGCUGGAUAAGCAACAUGGCAGGACCGUGACGGACCAUUCCAUCUUCCGAUCCCUCUCGGCCUACUGGGAAGCGGACUUCUUCAAGGACAUGCGUCGCCUUCGUGUGCGGGAUCCAGAUACGCUCACCCGGGUUACAGAAUACGUCCCGGAAAUUGUCUCCUUCGUGGAGGGCAUCGUAAAAAAUGGGUACGGCUACGCGGUUGAUGGCAGCGUUUAUUUUGAUACCAGGGCAUUUGACAAAGCCGACGGUCAUGACUACGCGAAGCUCGAACCGUGGAGCAAGGGCAACCGGGAACUGCUAGAGGAGGGCGAAGGAGCUCUGUCCAUCGCUUCUGGGCGCCGCUCGUCCGCCGAUUUUGCACUCUGGAAAGCCUCGAAGCCGGGCGAACCAUCCUGGCCUUCGCCAUGGGGCCCGGGACGCCCGGGCUGGCACAUUGAAUGCUCUGUGAUGGCGUCCGCGAUCUUUGGGGACAACAUGGACAUUCACUCGGGCGGUAUCGACUUGGCAUUCCCCCAUCAUGACAACGAGAUGGCACAAUCCGAGGCUUACCAUAAUUGCUCGCCUUGGGUGAACUACUUCAUCCACACCGGCCAUCUGCACAUCGAAGGCCUGAAGAUGAGCAAAUCCCUCAAGAAUUUCAUCACGAUUGAUGAAAUUUUGCAAAAGUACACAGCCCGCCAGCUGCGCUUAGCCUUCCUGACGCAGCUCUGGAAUGCAAAGGUAGACUUUUCCGAAUCGCUUAUGACAGGCGAGGUUCGGACCCUCGAGACUGCCCUCAACAACUUCUUCACCACGAUCAAGGCACUCGUCGGCCAAUCGGAGGCUGAUGGGCCCCAGCUGGAUGGCAAGAACCGGUUUGGCAGUGCAGAGCGCGAGCUCACGAACGGUCUUCAUCAGAGCCAGGCAGCCUUCCGCGCUGCGUUAUGCGACUCGUUCAAUACCCCGGAGGCACUCAACGUCAUACGAGAGCUGGUCUCGCGCACGAACGUAUACAUCAACUCGCGCGGGAAAGAUCUGGACGUGGCCGUCGUCGUGCGUGUGGCCCGCUGGGUGGGCCAGAUGCUGCGCAUGUUCGGCCUGGGUGAAGGCGAGACGUCUGAAAUUGGAUGGGGCCAGGAACGUGACCCUGGCGAGGGCAGCGUGAACCGAGAGGAGACCCUCAUGCCGUACCUUCGGACUCUGUCGUCAUUCCGUGACGGUGUACGCAAGCUGGCCAUUGCAAAAGGUGACGGGGCCCUCAAGGAGAUUUUGGCGCUCUCGGACAAACUACGAAAUGUGGACCUCGUGCCGCUGGGCGUUGCUUUAGACGACCAAGAAGACGGCAAGGCAUUGGUCAAGUUCGUGCCGCCAGCAGAGCUCAUCAAGGCACGGGACGAAAAGCGCGCUCAGGCCGAAGCUAAGGCCGCACAGAAGGCAGCCGCCGUGGAGGCCGAGCGCCAAAAGCGACUGAAAAAGCUGGAGAAGGGUAGCGUAGCGCCGCAAGAUAUGUUCAAGCCACCAAACGUCUCCGAGGGUGCUUACGGGAGCUGGGAUGAGAACGGGCUUCCUCUUACGGACGGAGAGGGGAAGGAACUGAGCAAAAAUCAGACCAAGAAGGUGCAGAAGGACUGGACAGCGCAAAAAAAACUACACGAAGAUUUUCUCGCAUGGCAACAAGCUGGACAGGCGUAA